AUGGACGAUUUUCCAUGGGAUCAGGUGGACGCAGGCGACCUGGACGGCCUGCGGGUCGUUCUCUUCUCCAGCUCGACUGCUCGCAGAAUUCGCGCUCUUCAGGACCUUCGUGAGAGAAUUGGCUCCAACGUACAACCACAAACCUAUCAGCCUCUCAUUGGCCUCCUCUUCAAAACAUACCCUCGCUACGUCGAUCGCCCGUCUCGCCAGGCCGUCCAGCAAUGCCUCCGUUCGCUGCUCAAGGCCCCCGUCUCGGCCGACGACCUGAAAUAUCUCACCCAGAAACUGCUGGCGGAGGCCGCUAAACCCGCCCUCGCGCCUGGUCCGGCCCUGGUCCUGGCGGAAUGGUGCUCAAUUGUCCUCCAAAUCCUGGCGGAAGAUCCCGAGACCCCGCUAUCCGCCGUUCUGGACACCAUCGCCGUCGACGCAAAGGCCCUAGAAAUCUGCUUGGCCUCCAACCCCAAACCGGCCGUGAAGAUCUCCGCUCUCCGAGUCACCAGACGCGCCCUCCGGGCCACCUUCUCGUCCGCUACCUGGGGCGAUGAUGCCGUUCGUGAGUCUGUUCGCCGGCUGACGAGCGACUCGGCUGCGGGCCAGAAGAACGCCCCCUUCCUCGGUGUGAUCUCCGGAGUCAGCGCACGGCUUCCGACCAAGAAACCGAUCGUUGAGGAGGAGAAGAAGGCGGUCCUCGCAUUCUACGUCAAGGAGUUGGUGGGCUCGAAAGCCGCCCCGCCGGCUCAUAUUGCGGAUGGGCUGGGUGACUUCUUCGCCUCUUUCGUUACAUAUGAGGAUAUUGCGUCCGAGUUGAUACCGCCCUUUGAGAAGUCUAUGCUGCGGUCGCCCGAAGUCGUCUUCAGUGGCCUGUUGCCUUCUCUGUGCGCCUCAUUGCCGGAUGGCAUUGACAUGUCGGAACUUCUGCAUUCUCGCCUGUUGAAGCACCUGCUAUCAAGCAUGAAGUCAAACAACCCAGUCAUUAGACAAGGUGCCGUUCGCUCGUUCGAGUCGCUGCUGUCCAAAUCCAAGGACCAGGCCUUACUCAUCAAGAUCACGAGCGAAGUUAUGGGCCCCCUCAAGACUCAGAAGAUCACCAAUCCGGAACAACGCGCGGUGUACGCCCAGGCACUUGCUGCGAUAUCGCCUUCGGUGGACCUGUCGAAGGACGUGGUCCAGGGCUUUGUGCCCGUGUUUUCGCGUGAGUCAAACGAGGCCGCUCUGGAGCAGGAAAUCAAGUCUUUCUGCAAGCACCUGGCUUUCCUUGUCCAGUCCAACGUGAAGAUCAGUGAUGACGCUAUCAAUGCCAUCGUGAAGGGAUCGUCCGAUAAGCGUGUCCCAUUCAAGAAGCUUUGGCAGCUCAAUGUCAGUGAGGUAAUAUGGCAAGUUGAACCCUCGACCUUGGCGAACAGUGAGGUUCAGCCGUUGGUGAGCAAGUUCCUUGGCAAGAUGAAGGAAUUGUACAACGAAGUCUUCGCCAAUCCUCUGCCUUCGGCUCAGGGCGGCUACCUGUCAACGGCCCAUGUCUACCUGGCCCUUCUAGAGCGCUCAUCCGCUGUGCAGAGCUUCGACAAGGCCGCGUGGGAGGAGACUGUAGCGCAAUCGAUGGUGCUAGCCCCCAAGCCGUCUUUCCUUCUCAACCCAAAGGCGUACUCCAAGUUGACUGCCCAAGCCGAGAUCCAGUGGGCCGUGAGAGCCCUAGCUGCUGUCACCACUGGUUCCAAGUUUGAAAAGGCCGAUGAUGCGGCCAAGACCGCUUGGGCUCAGGCGUUUAUUUACAACGUCGUGGCCCCCGGGCUCCACUCGAGUUUCCGGGAAGAAACGACGCGAGUCUUGACGGACGUUCAUAUGAAGAAUGUGGGCAGCAUAGGCCCCACGGUCACGAGUGCUCUGUGGACUUGGACCCUGUCUUUCAGAACUGGUGAAAAAGAAUCCGCACCAGUCUCUGCAGGACCAGAGAGUCAAAGGUUCCUUCAUCUCGUGGUCAAGGCCAUCUGCCCCCCUGCCUCUGCUUUGCAGACACUGGAAAACGCUACCGCUGACUUGAAGAAUCAACUCAUUGGGUUGCUGGUUCUUUGUCGUCCCGAGCUGAUUCCCAACACCUCGUGGAUCGCGUCUUGUCUUAGAACUGGCACAGACCCCGGUGACCUCGUGCGGGAAUUCCCAGACCGGUGCCUGGAACAGCUGACUCGCUUGCAAGAGGACCCCAUUCAGUCUCAGGUGCCCGAAAUCGAUUCUGCGAUUUGGAGCGCGGCAGGUGAGCUGGCAUUUGUGGCGCCUGAUGCCAUGGUCCCUCGACUUGCCAGCCAAAUCCAGGAUGACCUGAACGCUUCGCGCUUGUCCAAGUUCACGGCAACCGAUGUUGCCAUCGCUCGCACUCCGGAGGGAACCAUGUUCGUUGACGUCCUCAGCACAAAGUCGAAACAGUCAACCUUCGAUAAGAAUACCAAAGACUACGACAUUCUAAAGUGGGAGGAAGAGCUACGGUCACAGCUUACGGAUAAGAAGGGCCAGAAGCAGAAGAAGCUUACUGCGGAAGAGCAGUCCAAGGUCAAGGCCCAGCUGGCCAAGGAGUCCAAGAUCCGUGAAGAAGUCCUUCGGGAGAUCAAGAGGAUUGAGAGAGGAUCUGGAAUCAUCCAGGGCCUUGCGGAUGGGCCCGCCGUCGAUGCGGAUGGCUGGAUCAACCCCGCUGUGAGCUCUCUGCUCUCUCUGACCGAAGCCGGUGCAGGCUUGUUUACUGGGGACGUUGUAUCCAAAGCAUACAUCAAGUGUGCGGAGAAGUUGUCAUCGCGCCUCGGACCCCUGCGGCCUUUCGUGGGUAUCGCAACGCUGCGAGCAAUUGGCAAGAGUCAUCUGCCUCUGGAAAUGGAAAUAGAGCCUCUCGGACAGCUUGUGACCAGAAUCCUUUAUCGCUUGCGUUUUGCGUCUGAGCAGCGCCCUCUUGAUAGCUCGUCUCUAGCCUAUGUUCUUCCUCUCCUCUUCCUGGUGCUAAGCCGGAACGGAAUCGACGAGCAAAAGGGAGAGGUUGAAGGCGAGCAAGUUCUUUUGGCCAUCGAAGUAUUGUCCUUCCAUUCAGGAUCCUUUGCCGAUCGACGUCUGCCUCGGGAAGAAGUCUUGAACAACUUGCUCUCGGCGAUGCAGAAGUACACGCAACACUACAAGCUCAUCAAGGACACUCUCUUCGACUUCGGCAGGUGUAUCGCCCCGAACAUCACCAGAGCCGAGUUGGACAUUCUUCUCAAGGGCACGAUCGUCUCCGACGUGACUGUUCGUACAUCGGUUCUGCAGGUCAUCGAAGCGGAGAUUGACCUGACAGACCUUGAUUUCUCCGAGCACAUUUGGCUGGAAUGCCAUGACCAUGUGGAGGAGAACUCUGAAAUCGCCGAAAAUAUCUGGGAAGAAAACGCUCUUGAGGUCGACGACUCUGCCUUUGGCAAGAUUAUCCCAUACCUUGCCUCGAAGGAUUCGCAGCUCAGGGGUGCUGCCGCUCGCGCGUUGGCACAUGCGAUUGCGACGAACCCGACAGUGUUCGAUGAUAUUUUUGCCGAGCUACAGUCAAAGUACACUGUUGAGAUUCAGCCCAAGGCACCCGAGACUGACAGUUACGGAAUGCCCAAGAAGAUGGACGUGACCGACCAAUGGGAGUUCCGCAGCGGUAUUGCCCUUGCCUUCGAGGCCAUGACCGAUCUCUUCGAGGGUGAGCAGAUCGUCUCUUUCCUCCGCUUCUUGAUCGAGAGGGGUCCUCUCAUCGAUAAGAGCUCUGUGGUCCGAGCACAAAUGGCCGAGGGUGGUAAAUCUGUUAUCGCUGCGCGUGGCCAGCAGAAGGUUGAGGAACUGAUGAAGCUCUUGGAAACCACCUUGGAGACUUCCGAUAAGGGAAGCGAGACGUCUGACCUCCUGAACGAGGCCGUCGUGGUUCUGUAUGGAUCGUUGGCCCAGCAUCUGAACGCGGACGAUCCCCGCCUGCAGGCAGUCAUCAAGCGACUCAUGGACACUCUCCCUACUCCGUCGGAAACGGUGCAGUCUGCUGCCUCUGGAUGUCUGCCACCCCUCAUCCGACUUUCCCGCGCCCAGAGCGGACAGUACGUUCGAGACAUGCUUGACCAGCUUCUGCAGUCGAAGAAGUACGCCACGCAACGUGGUGCAGCUUACGGACUGGCUGGUAUCGUCAGCGGCAGAGGUAUCAUCACAUUGCGCGAAUUCCAGGUCAUGUCGCAUCUGCGUGAUGCCUCGGAGAACAAGAAAGAGCCGCACCAGAGGCAAGGCACCCUGUUGGCAUACGAGCUGUUUGCGACUAUUCUGGGACGGACUUUCGAACCAUAUGUCAUUCGGAUUGUUCCUCAGCUGCUCGCUGGGUUUGGAGAUGUUAACCCCGAUGUGCGUGACGCCUGCCUCGAUGCAUCAAAGGCGUGCUUCUCGAACCUUAGCUCUUACGGCGUUAAGAAAAUCCUUCCCACUCUUCUCGACGGUCUCGACGACACCCAAUGGCGCAGUCAGAAGGGAGCCUGCGAUCUCCUGGGAGCGAUGGCUUACCUUGAUCCUCAGCAGCUGGCGGCCAGCCUUCCUGACAUCAUUCCCCCGCUCACGGUGGUGCUCAACGACACCCACAAGGAAGUGCGUAACGCUGCAAACCGCAGUCUUCAGCGGUUCGGUGAAGUCAUCAGCAACCCAGAGGUGAAGAGCUUGGUGAACGUACUUCUGAAGGCAUUGAGUGACCCGACGAAAUACACGGACGAGGCUCUGGAUUCCCUUAUCAAGGUGUCCUUUGUCCAUUACCUGGAUGCCCCGUCAUUGGCUCUGGUUGUGCGCAUCCUUGAGCGUGGUCUCGGCGAUAGGUCGAACACGAAACGGAAGGCCGCUCAGAUUAUCGGCAGUUUGGCUCAUCUUACUGAGCGCAAGGAUCUUAUCUCUCACUUGCCAAUCAUCGUUUCUGGCUUGCAGUUGGCCAUCGUUGACCCUGUGCCCACUACUCGCGCCACCGCUUCCAAGGCUCUUGGUUCGCUCAUCGAGAAGCUCGGAGAAGACGCUCUUCCGGACCUUAUCCCCAACCUCAUGGCCACCCUCAAGUCGGAUACCGGCGCUGGCGACAGACUGGGAUCCGCUCAGGCCCUUUCGGAGGUUCUGGCAGGUCUGGGUACGACCAGACUCGAGGAGACGCUGCCUACUAUCUUGCAGAACGUAUCCAGCUCGAAGCCUGCGGUUCGCGAGGGCUUCAUGACGCUCUUCAUCUUCCUUCCCGCCUGUUUCGGAAACAGCUUCGCAAACUAUCUCAGCAAAAUCAUCCCUCCUAUCCUUGCUGGUUUGGCUGACGAUAUUGACUCGAUCCGUGAAACGUCUCUCAAGGCGGGUCGCUUGCUGGUCAAGAACUUCUCCUCGAAGGCUAUUGAUCUCCUUCUGCCUGAACUUGAACGCGGUCUUGCGGAUGACAGUUACCGCAUCCGACUCAGCUCCGUCGAGUUGGUUGGUGACCUUCUCUUCAGUCUCACAGGUAUCACAGCCAAGGCUGAUGCCGAAGAGGAAGAGGAGGAAGCCGCCCAAGCCGGACAGUCGCUGCUCGAAGUUCUCGGAGAGGAGCGCAGGGACAAGGUCUUGUCUGCACUGUUCAUCUGCCGCUGCGAUACUUCGGGUCUCGUUAAGAGCGCUGCCAUGGGUGUUUGGAAGGCGCUUGUUGCUUCUCCCAAGAUUCUCAAGGAUAUGGUUCCCACCCUGUCUCAGUUCAUCAUCCGCCGCCUCGGUUCUUCCAACAUGGAGCACAAGGUUAUCGCAAGUAACGCAUUGGGAGACCUUAUCAAGAAGGCUGGAGAGUCGGUUCUCUCGACUUUGCUGCCUUCUCUCGAGGAAGGUCUUCAGUCCUCCCCCGAUGUGGACGUCAAGCAAGGUAUUUGCAUUGCUUUGAAGGAACUUAUUGCUUCUGCAUCGGUUGAGGCCCUGGAGGAUUACGAGAAGGUUCUUAUCUCGACCGUGCGCGUGGCUCUUGUUGAUAACGACGAGGAUGUCCGUGAGGCUGCGGCCGAAGCCUUCGAUUCUUUGCAGCAGAUCCUGGGCAAGAAGGCUGUCGACCAGGUCUUGCCUCAUCUCCUACUCCUUCUGAGAAACAACGAGGACGCCGAGCAGGCACUAUCGGCUCUUUUGACCCUCCUCACCGAAGAGACCCGGGCGAACAUCAUCCUCCCCAAUCUCAUCCCGACUCUCCUCACUUCACCUAUUUCCGCAUUCAACGCGAGGGCUCUUGCCUCCCUGGCCGAAGUGGCGGCCUCUGCUAUGACCCGCAGACUGCCCACUAUCCUCAACUCCUUGAUGGACGAUAUUGUGUCUACUAAGGAUGAUUCUCUCCUGGAAGAACUGAGCAAUGCGUUUGACACCAUCUUGGUGUCAGUUGAUGAGUACGACGGUCUCAAUGUCAUUAUCAAUGUCAUGAUGACUAUGCUGAAGCACGAUGACCAUCACCGUCGUGCUGCUGCGGCCGUGCAUCUCAACAAGUUCUUCUCCGAUGCUGACAUCGAUUACUCGAGGUACCAUCAAGAUCUGAUUCGCGUCCUGCUCAUCUCCUUCGGUGACCACGACAAGAAUGUCGUCAAGGCGGCGUGGUCAGCGAUGAGUGGACUCACGUCCCAUCUUCGCAAAGAGGAGAUGGAAGUGCUCACCAUCCCCACCCGCCAGAUCUUGCGGAGCGUUGGAGUCCCCGGGGCCAACCUUCCUGGCUUCAGCCUGCCCAAGGGUAUCACCGCCAUUCUACCCAUCUUCUUGCAGGGUCUUCUGAACGGCACCGUCGACCAGCGUACGCAGGCCGCCCUCGCCAUCGGCGACAUCAUCGAUCGCACCGGUGCGGACUCUCUGAAGUUGUUCGUGACCCAGAUCACUGGUCCGCUCAUUCGUGUCGUGUCCGAGCGAUCGGUGGAUAUCAAAUGUGCUAUUUUCUCCACCCUUAACAAGCUCCUGGAGAAAAUUCCUCUGGCCGUCAAGCCAUUCUUGCCACAACUUCAGCGUACCUUUGCGCGUGGUCUGGCCGAUGCGUCUAGCGAGACUCUUCGUAACAGAGCGGCCAAGGGUCUCGGUAUUCUGAUCACCUUGACCCCGAGAGUCGACCCUCUUAUUGCGGAACUCAUCACGGGUACCAAGACCCCCGAUAUCGGUGUGAGAAACGCGAUGAUGAAGGCGCUUCAAGAGGUGGUGGGCAAGGCGGGUGCAAACAUGAGCGAGGCGUCGAAGAAUGCCAUCCUCACCCUCAUUGACGACGAUGCCAGCGACCAGACAGACGCUGUGGCCAUUACCAACGCCAAGUUGCUCGGCGCCCUGGUCAAGGUUCUUCCCGCAGCCACGGCAGGCCCCUUGAUCAAGAACCGAGUCCUUUCGGCCAACCUUUCCCACGCCUCGAUCCUGGGACUGAAUGCUCUGUUGGUUGAAUCGCCGUCGUCCUUGACCGAGAGCUUCUCUGCCGAGACUCUGGCAGUCAUCACCCAGGGCCUUACGAACAAGGAUCCUUUCAUUUCCGACAACAGCGUGCUCGCCGCCGGAAAGUACCUUCUGAUCGAGGAUGAGCAUCAUAACUUCGAGGUCAACAAGGCCAUCUUCGAGGCCUUGGCUCCUUGCAUCCAGGUCGGGACGCCCGCGGACACCCGGCGGUUGACUCUGGUGGUGGUGCGCACGGUUACCCGGCUUCACCCCGAGUUGACUCGGCCGCAUCUGGCCCUCCUGGCACCGCCCAUUUUUGCCAGCGUUCGCGACGUGGUCAUCCCUGUCAAGCUCGCGGCGGAGGCCGCCUUCCUGGCGAUCUUCUCGGUGGAGGAGUCCGAGGGAGCCGUGUUCGACAAGUACAUGGCCGGAGCGGGCACAGCGCUUGCUCCCGGGCCCAAGCGGAGCAUGUCAGAUUACUUCAAGCGUGUUGCGCUGCGUCUGGCCAGUCAGGCCCGCGAGCGCAAGGAGGCGGAAGGUGGACAAGGAGGGUUGGGUCUGUCCAAUGAUGAGGCGGACGACGAGAAGGAAUUGUGGAGCAUUGGUAAGGUUGAGCUGGACGGGUCGUUUGGAGAGGAGGUCAACCUUCGCACCCAGAAGCGCCUGGCCGCCUCCGUGGUUGGCUGCGGCAAGCGCAAGAUUUGGCUCGAUCCCAAUGAGAUGAACGAGAUCUCCAACGCCAACUCCCGCCAGACCAUCCGCAAGCUCGUCAGCGAUGGCCUCAUCAUCCGCAAGCCCGUCACCAUGCACUCCCGCACCCGUGCCCGCGAGCUCGCUGCCGCCCGCAGAAUCGGCAGACACCGUGGUCUCGGUAAGCGCAAGGGUACCAAGGAGGCUCGUAUGCCCAGCCAGGUCCUCUGGAUGCGCCGCAUGCGUGUUCUCCGUCGCCUGCUCGUCCGUUACCGUGCCUCCGGCAAGAUCGACAAGCACCUUUACCACGAGCUCUACCACCUGAGCAAGGGUAACACCUUCAAGCACAAGCGUGCCCUCGUUGAGCACAUCCAGAAGGCCAAGGCCGAGAGACACCGUGAGCGUGUCCUCAAGGAGGAGAUGGACGCCAAGCGUGCCAAGAACAAGGCUCUCCGUGAGCGCCGGUUGGAGCGCAAGGAGGCCAAGCACAACGCUCUUGCCGCCGAGCCCCAGGAGUAAAUUUCCUCAGUUGACGAACUUUGGCGGUGCGGAGGUUGAAACGGGGGGGAAUCGGUCAGCCCACGGGAUCAGGUCGACCACUCCGUUUUCGUUGCCGGUCUGGCUCGGUGGCUUGAUUCAUCCGGGACGGUUUUUUCUCUGGAUCGUAUCGGGAACCUGGAACGGGGUUUGGGAUCAGGAUCAGGGACAUGCAUCAUCCUCAUCCCCAUCUCUUCCCCUCGGGGGAGAGCAUGUGAAAGGACAACGCAAAAAAGGAAAAAGACCUACUCUU